ACGUAAUAAUCAAAAGCAGCAAAUAAAUAGUAAUGAUUUUGACAAUAGAAUAAUUGAAAAGCAGACUUGGUAUUUAUAUGAAACAGAUACUGAAAAAAAUAUGUAUGAAGUUGGCAUAUAA